AUGCUCGCCGGAGGCGUGAACGAUGCCUAUCGCUCUGAACGGCUUGUUUUCCGAGCCGUGGAAAACAACGACGAUGAUAAGAAGUUCUUACACACGCAAAUCGAGAAUGACCCAGUCAUCGUCGCCCUCUCCAACCCAAUGGCGCUGAUGCCGAGGACUAGCAAGCACAGCGAGUGGAUGGUUGAACAAAUGGCCAAAUCCGUUCUCGCUGUCAUGGUCUGCCUUCCAGCGGAUGCCCCAGGCGACAGCGACGAGAAAUUUGACGAUGCGAAGACGACUGCGCCAAAGCCCAUAGGAUACCUCGCGAUUGGCUGGGGUGGCAUUCCGCCGGCAAUGGCCCAUCACCGCUCAGUCGGCCUCGGGAUCGCGAUAGCACCACAGUAUCAAGGAAGAGGCUACGGGACCGAGGUCAUCAACUGGGCUCUCGACUGGGCCUUCCGGUAUGGGAACUACCAUCGGGUUCACCUUGGCACUGUCUCUUACAAUGAGCGAGCGCAGCACUUAUACAAGAAGCUUGGUUUCGUGGAAGAGGGCCGCAGCCCUAUGGAAUCCUAG